GUUCUCCUUCGCCUUCGUCUUCUUCCUCCUCCCCUUCCACAAAAAUAUCCACCUCAUCGUCCUCCUCCUCCUCCUCCUCGACCUCCCCUCCGUUCCAUCCAUGGAGUCCAUCGCCUCCUCCGCGUCGAUCUCCGCCUCCUCCUCUAACCUCUCCCUCUUCUUCCCCAGGCGAAGCUUCUCGAGGCGCCCCCCCUCCCUCCUCCCCAUCGCCUCUUCCAACAGUAAUCGCGAGGAUGAUCACAAUCUCCACUCCGAAGCCGAGAGCACAAGCCUCGCGCCAAUUCACAACCCUAGCUUCUCCAUCUCCCCCUUCUCCAAGGAUGCGGCGAUGGGGUUGGUGCUGAGCGCGGCGACGGGGAGAGGGUGGACCACGGGAUCGGGGAUGGAGGGCCCUCCGAUCCCCGCCGAAUCGGAUCUCGCCGAUCGCCGCGUCUCCACCUUCCCCUGGUCCCUCUUCACCAAGUCCCCGCGACGCCGCAUGCUCGUGGCGUUCACGUGCAACGUGUGCGGCCAACGCACCACGCGCGCCAUCAACCCCCACGCCUACACCGACGGCACCGUCUUCGUUCAGUGCUGCGGGUGCAAUGUGUUCCAUAAGCUGGUGGACAAUCUGAAUCUGUUCCAUGGGAUGAACUGCUACGUGAAUCCAAGUUUCCUCUCCAAAGGAGAUACCCCUUUCACCUUCCCUGAUUCUGACGAUGACGAUGGUGAUAACAUCUUUCCUAUUCUUUGAGCAAUAAUCAAGUGUUUGAUAUAGGGUAUCUGCACAUUUGUUUGUAGUUGUAAUAAGUUUGUUACAUAGGGUAUAUUGAAAUUGUUGGUUCUGACGAGUUUUAAGGGAUGUAUAUACGGUAGUACUCUUGGUAGUGCAUAUACUCUCAUAUGAGAUACAAACUCAGUUCGCCUGUUUAGUAAUUAGAUCAGCGUAUCAAGAUUUAACAUACUUGUGUUUGCUCCGGCCUGCGCCGGAAUGAAUGGAUUCAGCAUUUGUUUUAUGAUUUCA